ACGGUCAACGCAAACCCGUCAACCCAGCUGGACAAAAAUCUUCAACUUCACCUAAUAGUGACGAAGACAGUACACCAAAUCUAUCGGAAUCGACCAAUGGCAACAACAGCACUAAGAUGGACACAGACGGUGCCAAGAGUGGAUCGAAAACAGUAUGGGGACUACGAUUGGACCUCUUAUUGCUGACAAUUGGCGUUGUUAUUGCUGCGGUUAUAUUGAGGCUUCCGCUCGGCGCACAACAAGUGGCGAUAUAAAAUCCAGCUAUUCAAAAACAAUUGAGGGACCUUGAAAACCAAUUUAACAGACAAUUUAAUGAAGUUAAAAGCAAAAUGGAAGAUCUGAAAUCUGAGGUCGAAGCAAUCAACGAGGAAAUGAAAAAGGCGAACAAUACGGUUUUAGAAGUAAGAGAAAGUUCUAAAACUGCGGAAGAAAAGGUUGAUCAAACAAAUGCAAAUCUGAAAAUCGUACACCAACAUCUGUUUAACAAGGAUGCCUUGACAGCUGCCAUCUUAAUUUUAUUCUUUUUGAUAAUUGGACUCAUGCUUUACGUUUUGAAAUUAAAGUCUUCGGUAGAACCAGCUUUAGCUGGUGGAUCAACAUCUCGACCCUUAAAGGGGAGCAGGGAAAUGGAAGUUAACCUUCAGAAAAUGCCUAGCAAACCAACGCUAAAAAACGCCGUUUGUAUUAUAAGUUUUGAUUCGAGCAAUUUGGAUGAGUACAGCGGAAUAAUCAAGGAGACGGUCAGUCAAAUUGGAGGGGUUUCUUUCCGCACACAUGUCAUCAGAAAGCACAAUGAUAUACCUAAACUUCCGCAAUGCAAACUGUACAUAAUGUGUGUGGAGUUCACAGAAAGGCACGUGAUAAUAGAGGAACAAGGUUUGGGACUUGGCGACCUAAAGCUAACUUCAUAUCGGGGUGUUAGGAAGUUAGGAGGAGCUUUGGUGAUAUUGUACAUACAUGACCCCGGCUCGAGGCGCCUAACAGACGGCCAGCUGUACAGUGAUGGUGUUUAUUGUGUGAAGAAACAACAAGAACUGAAGGAAUUAUGUGAAAUGGAUCGGUUCAUAAGUGCACACAAGAAUUUAAACACAGCACAAAAGAAGGCUUUGGAAACUGAUGAGCUUAAUUUACAGGCCGCGAGGUAG